UGUGUUGACAAAGCCUCUCCCCUCUCGCCUCAUCUCUCCCUCCUUUCCCUGUUCCUCGCUUCCUCACGCUUUCACAUCGAUGAACACGCUGUGUGAUGAUUGCUACAUGUGGGCAACAGUAGAUAUCUCCACACAAGAACGGAGACGCAAACCCCGUCGUAGAAAAGAGGCUUCUCCUGGCACAACUAUAGAGCUGCCGCCUGUAACACCAGUGCACUUGAAAGGCAAACCAACCCUAGAGCUCAUUUAUUACAGUGUAUUCUUACUGUACAGUCAACUGGACGAAAUUUCACAGCAGGAAAAUUCAGGCCAUGAAAACUAGACUAGGGUGCCUGUCUAACAAGUCUGACUCAUGCAGCGAUUUUUCAGAAUUCCUACCCCCUCAAGAGAGGUCCACAAGGUACUUAAAGCUGUCCAAUGAUGAAGUGACCAGAUGGGCGGAGUCAUUUGAUGCUCUGCUGUCCAAUAAAUAUGGUAUGACGGCCUUCAGAACCUUCCUCAAAACAGAGUUUAGUGAUGAAAACAUUGAGUUCUGGUUGGCUUGCGAAGAUUAUAAAAAGAUCAAAUCCUCUGCUAAGAUGAUGUCUAAGGCCAACAAGAUCUACAAGGAAUUUAUUGAUGUUCAUGCACCCAGAGAGGUGAACAUAGACCACAGGACCAGGGAGGAGACCAAACAGAAGCUUCUGGAGCCAACAUCCAACAGUCUGAAUGAAGUCCAAGCAAAAGUAUACAGCCUCAUGGAGAAAGACUCCUUUCCUCGGUUUAUACGAUCAAAGAUCUAUCAGGACUUGCUGAACAGAACACAGAUGCACUGUCAGAGGAAAUCGGUUUAAAAGUCUUUAAUAGAAGACCAUUUUGCUUGCAGGGUUAAAUGAUAUUGAGACAAAACAACAUAUUUUAAUUCUAAUAUAGCAUAGUCUGGGUGUUUACAAUAAAAUUAGAUACUGUAUGAGUAUUCGGAAAAACAGACUAGCGCUAGUUUGUGCAUCUAAACAUGACCCUGUACUGUGCCUAGUUUUAUUCGUAACGUGACUGACUAUAUUCUCUCCCUUUCAAUUGUGAUAGAAUUGUCAAUGUUUUUUUCUGAAUGCUGACAAGCAUGUGAAUGCAUAUUCAGUCUCUACAUGGAUGUUGUGGUAGAGAAUACUUUAUUUUUCAUAUCUUCAAUGUAACAUAUUUAUACUGAAUUGUGACUUUCAACCCAAGACAUGCCUACUGUAUUACUGCAUGCUGCCUUACACACACAGUCCACACAUGGCUCUGACUGGCUGAGAUUUGUGAUUGUGUCGCAUCACGUUUGUCGUUUCAAGGCUGGUUACAACACAGUGUAAAUCCAAAAACAUCUAAAAAAGAAACAUCUAAAAAAGAAAUAAACACACACACACACGUUGGGUUACAACACAAACCCAAAAUAUGCAUUUUUAAAUCAACUUGAUUUAGUUUGAUAUAUAAGAUGUUUAUCUCAUUGGGACAAAAAUGUCCCAACAAGGUUUACCAGAAAACACACAAACGAAGUACAUGCACACAAACACAAAAAUUCAGGGGGACAUAUUUCAAUUAUUUUUCAGAAUGUGGCAUCAUGUAAUUUUUGUUUGAUUUGUUGUUUAUUUUAUUGUUUAUUUAAUUUUAUUGUUUUUCGUGUUGAUGUUCUUAUGGUUUACAAUGACAUGUUUGGCAGUGGUUAGUACUAGAUCAAGUAAAGCAUGUCAGUUCUCUCACA